CAGAGAGACUCUGCAUCCGCCCGCGUUAUCUGCCGCUGCCGCCGCCGCUGCCGCUGCCGCUGCGCGUCGCUCCAACGGAUUUUAACUUGAUACCAUACAAAUCUCAGGAUUGUUUUGAGGGAGAGGCGGCUUUUUAAUAUUGAAAAUAUUCAUCAUCCGGGUUCCCCCCCUCCUCCCCACACCACUGGAUCGUAAUUUGCUGUGGUUUUGUUGGAUGUUUCCGAUAAGAAAAAAUGCCUUCCGAUAUGAUGGAAAAAACGUCCUCUUCUCCGGUCGCUGCAACUCCGGCAAGCAUGAACACUACUCCGGAUAAACCCAAGACAGCAUCUGAGCACAGAAAGUCAUCCAAGCCAAUAAUGGAAAAGAGGAGAAGAGCCAGAAUCAACGAGAGCUUGGGGCAGCUGAAAACUCUCAUCCUGGAUGCGCUCAAAAAAGAUAGCUCAAGACACUCCAAACUGGAGAAGGCGGACAUCCUGGAGAUGACGGUGAAGCAUCUCCGGAACCUCCAGAGGGCUCAGAUGACCGCUGCACUGAACACCGACCCCACUGUCUUGGGAAAGUAUCGUGCCGGUUUCAGCGAGUGCAUGAAUGAAGUCACCCGGUUCCUGUCCACCUGCGAAGGCGUCAACACCGAGGUCAGAACGCGGCUCCUCGGCCACCUGGCCAGCUGCAUGACCCAGAUCAACGCCAUGAACUACCCCAGCCAGCAUCAACACCCGCACCAGCUGCCCUCCGCCGCCGGACCGACCCACCCGUCCUUCGGCCAGUCCAUGCAGAUCCCCGGCUCGUCCCCGCAGGUCCUGCCCAUGAACCCGGUGACCUGCAAAGGAGGCUCGUCGCCGGCUAGUUUGCCGUCGGACGCCACCAAAGUGUACGGCGGUUUCCAGAUCGUGCCCGCCACAGACGGACAGUUUGCGUUCCUCAUACCCAACGCGGCUUUUGCGCCGAACGGCCCCGUCAUCCCCGUUUACGCCAACAACGCGGGCACGCCGGUGCCCCUACCGGCCGCGGUGUCCCCCGGAGCCCCGUCGGGCAACGCGGACUCGGUGUGGCGACCGUGGUGAGAAGUUGGAAAUGGGGCCACAAAGACUUAAAAAUGACACUUAAUAGUUCUCUCUCUUUGUUCAUUGUUAGAAAGUUGUUUUGGAUCUUUUUUUUUUCUCGUAAAAUGGAAAGAGAAUGCACUAUAUUUGUAAAGCCAACUGGGGAGUAAAGUUCAUAUUGAAAUGAGAUUUGUAUUGUGGAAGUCCGUUCACUGCAUUUUUUUUUAUAUAUAUAUUUGAUUGUCUUUUUUUACUGUGUGAUGCCAAAGAUAUGUUCGAUGCUCUUAUGAUGUUCUUCGUUUUGGAAGACAAAUAAAUUUGUAAAGAUAUUGAAAAACA